AUGUCCCGAAACCAUCCAUCAUCUCCUGUGGCAGUCGAAGGUGAUGCCUGUAUUUUCAAGCUUUUGGCGCCUGGUGGCUCCGCGGCACUGGGGCUUGGUGGUGAUGGCGGUGGUGGUGGUGGUGGUGGUGAGUGGAUGGAAAUUCGGCAAACAACAAAUAAAACGUCCAACGUCAUAACAAAACUGCCGGUAUAUAUUAGUGGAGUGGGUAGCAAACAGAACCAGUUGGGGAGCUUGAUAGCUCGUAGAUACAAAUCUGGCCCAUAUGGAUAUACACAAGCCAAGGCACUCGUGUAUUCCAAAUAUGGGGAGCCGGCGGAUGUUUUAUCUCUGCACAACCACUCCAUCUCCCCUUCUUUACCUUCAAAAUCCAUCCUCCUCCGUACCCUCGCAACGCCCAUAAACCCUGCCGACAUAAACCAAAUUCAGGGCGUCUACCCCUCCCGCCCUCCCUUCACCAGUCUCCUCGGAACCGAAUCUCCUUCCGCUGUAGGCGGCAACGAAGGCUGUUUUGAGGUUUUGUCUCUCGGACCCGGCGUCUCGGCUGUUACAAAAGGCGAUUGGGUAAUAAUGAAAUCGACUGGAUUUGGAACAUGGCGCACCCAUGCUAUCGCUGAGGAAUCCCAGGUUCUCAAAAUUGGGAAUAAAGAGGGUCUGAACCCAAUCCAGGUGGGCACUGUGAGUGUCAAUCCGUGCACGGCAUAUAGGAUGUUGAAGGAUUUUGAGAGUAUGGUGGAGGGGGAUUGGUUUAUACAGAAUGGAGCGAAUAGUGGGGUGGGGAGGGCAGCCAUCCAGCUAGGGAAGAGGUGGGGGUACAGGAGUAUUAAUAUUAUACGGGAUCGCGAGCGUGUUGAAGAGACUGAAGCUAUGAAGAAGGAAUUGCUGGAGCUGGGUGCUACGAAAGUGGUGACCGAGUCGGAAUUGAUGGCGCAAGGUUUCAGAGAUCAGGUGAAGGAUUGGACGAAUGGAGGAAAGGAAAAGGUUCGCGUGGGUUUGAACUGUGUGGGUGGAAAAGCAACAAGUGCAUUAAUCAAAUGUUUGAGUCAUGCUGGCCAUUUGGUUACAUAUGGAGGAAUGUCGAAGAAACCACUGGAAAUCUCUACUGCAGCUCUGAUUUUCAAGGACAUCAAAUUUAGCGGGUUUUGGGUCAGUAGGUGGAGUGACGCACAUCCAGACGAGAAGAAGAAAACGGUGGAUGAAAUUUUGGAGAUGACAAGGAUGGGAAUGUUUAAGGACAUUCCCGUCCAAGAACUCAAGUGGGAUUGGGAGACGAAGGAAGAUGUUUUGACGUCAGCAGUAAAAGGAACGUUGGAGGGAUUUAGGAGCGGAAAGGGAGUAUUCGUUUAUGGGGACACAUAG